UCAAAACAUUCGUAAUGAAGAGGAGAGUAAUUGUGAAAAAGAAAAAAGUCGUCGGCAAGCGGAAUUCGGUGUCGUUCGAUCAACAAGAUCCCGGACAGCCGAGAUUCAGCUUCUCUGGAAGAGUACAGGAGCUAGUCGAGGGCUAUAAUUCGGCCAUACAGCUGCUGGCGCCCAAGUGGCCCUGGUUUCUCUACCCCGGAUAUCUGACAUACGCCGUAUACUGGCGUUACGCCAAAUAUUACAAGGGCAAGUUGCUGCUGACCCCCAUUCCGAACCGCCUCUACGAUCUGCUGAUCAAGAACGAGCUGAUCAAGUCGGAGCACCUAGUGUUUGCCAGCCAGGAGGUGUACGACAACUAUGCGGAAUCGCCGGACGUCAACUUUGUCAACUUGGUCAUCCGCGGGAGGAGGGUAAGGAUCGGUAAGCCGUUAGCUUCAGAUGAAGGAAAUACGACCCAAACGGUUAUCAAGCAAAUGCUUCAGGAGGCGCCGCAUACCAUUGUGGCCCAGAUCCUGCCGGCUGUCCAGUGCCAAGCCAAUUGUCUGUAUGUUCAGGAGAACUUCUACGGCAACAUAUUGGAUCGCUUUCGAAUCCGCUCCAACUGUUGGGUGCAGGUGGAGCAUUUUGCCGACGAGCAGACAAUACCUGGAAUAGCAACCAAAGCUCACGUGUACUUAAUCGCGGAUGCCCACGAACUUCCCGCCGAACUGACAGAGAUUAUCCUGAGCAACUAUUUUAAUACACCUCGACUCAUGCAUCGUGGACAUACCUACCGCAUUGAGGUCAACGCGGAGUUGGUGGGCACUGCGACUUAUGCCCACUAUUACCUGAUAUUCGCUCAUCUAAGCCACGUCCACUUAAAAUGUAUUCACUUGGAGACGAAGGGCAGCGAGUUCGAGCUGCAAGCGGUUGUAGCCAAAAACUUUAGCAACCUCGUUCAAGUACCGGCAUCUCACAGCUUCCUACCUCGUCAAAUGCUUGACAGCAUGGCCAUCGUUGAGAACUACCCAAGUGGUCUGCGAAAGCCUUAUAAACUGUUGCGCUCCUCGGUAGAUGCCUUCCUGCCAAAGAAGUCCUCCUGCCUGUCCUCAAAGCACAUCUUUCCUGUGUUCCUGCUUCAUGGCGAGCGAGGAUCUGGCAAAUCGAAGCUCGUGAACGCCGUAGCCCAGGAGUUGGGAAUGCAUAUUUACGGAGCAGACUGCGCCGAGAUUGUUUCGCAAGUUCCCUCCCACACGGAGAUGAAGCUAAAGGCCGUAUUCGCCAAGAGCCAAGUUUGCGAACCGCUUAUGAUUUGUUUCCACAACUUCGAGAUAUUUGGCAUAGACAACGAGGGCAAUGAGGAUUUGCGUCUGCUUUCCGCCUUCCACGUGCAAGUCCAGGAACUCUUCAACAGGGACCGCAAGCAUCCGAUUGUAGUGGUGGCUUUGACUAGCGACAGACACCUCAAACCAAUGAUACAAGGACUUUUCCUGGAGAUUAUAAACAUUGAUAUGCCCAGCAAGGAGGAGCGAUUCGAGAUUCUUCGUUGGAUGCACGUGCGCGAGACUUUCAACGAUGUAAUCUACAACCAGAAGGCCAUCGAGCAAUUGCCCUUGUUCUCGCGGGAAAAUCAGUCGCAGUUCAUGUCACGCAUUUCUCCCAGUUGGAGGCAAACGCUCAAUGUCCUGCAGGACGUGUCUGCAAAGUCACAGGGCUUUUUGCUGGGCGAUCUACAGUUGCUCUACGACAACGCGGUUCGCAUGAAGAUUCGCAAUAGGUUGGGUAGGAGCACCCUGGAUAUGUCCCACUUUGCCAAGAACCUUACCGACAUGCAGAGCUCUUUCGCGGACAGUUUGGGUGCGCCCAAAGUACCGAAGGUUUAUUGGUCGGAUAUAGGUGGUUUGGCCAAGCUUAAAGAUGAGAUCCAAAGCAGCAUCGGCCUGCCGCUUAAGCAUGUUCACUUAAUGGGCAAGAAUCUACGAAGAUCGGGAAUCCUGCUUUACGGUCCCCCAGGAACAGGAAAAACACUGGUGGCCAAGGCUGUCGCCACCGAGUGCAACUUGAGUUUUCUUUCUGUUCAAGGUCCUGAGCUAUUAAACAUGUACGUGGGCCAGAGCGAGCAGAAUGUGCGCGAGGUCUUCUCCAGGGCUCGUUCUGCGGCGCCUUGUGUGCUCUUCUUGGACGAACUGGAUUCCCUGGCUCCCAAUCGAGGUGUGGCUGGUGAUUCUGGUGGUGUAAUGGAUAGGGUGGUGUCGCAGCUCUUGGCGGAAAUGGAUGGAAUGAGCGAUGGCGACACUAGCAAACCCAUAUUCAUUCUGGCCGCCACCAAUCGCCCCGAUCUUAUUGACCCCGCUCUCUUGCGUCCCGGUCGCUUUGACAAGCUUUUCUACGUGGGACCCUGUUCAACUGCCGAAGACAAGGCAGCCGUUCUGCGUGCUCAAACCCAGCGAUUCGCUUUGGAAGCCGGGGUGGACAUGGAACAGAUUGCCGAGCGUUUGAAGAGUGAAAUGAGCGGAGCAGAUCUGUACUCCAUCUGCUCGAAUGCAUGGCUCUCGGCUGUGAGACGCACCAUAGACGGACACUUGAGUGGAGCAAUAACAGAGAAGGAACUGGUGCCAGAGAACGUAAUCGUGCAGGUGGAAGACUUUACGAAGUCUUUCAACAAGUUUGUACCCUCGAUCAGCGCCAAGGAUCUGGAGUAUUUCAACAACCUUAAGGCUUCUUACAGUGUCUAAAUUAUGCGCAGCUGGUUAACUAGUUCUAAGAUUCACAAUUCCCAGCGAGCUUCCACUCGUUUGAACCAUCCGAAGGUGGAACUCUCAUAUGAAAUAGGAACCAGCGUGUUGGAGGGCGACUCUAAUUACUUCGGAAGACAGCAGGAGGUACGUGAUCCCAAUUAACCUUUGGGAAGUGGGUUCUUAUCAUUCCGGACAAAACUUCGCCCCAUGCAGAGUAGGAAAACUGCGUCUUCUGAUUUAAAUGAUCCCUGCGAUGAUCUGCACUCUAUAAUCUCG